AUGUACUCUCUCUUGUCUUUUUGUCUCAUACUAUGCCUUUCAUUAUCUGCAUCGGCCGCCGUCAUUGAUCGACGCAUUGCCGUCCCAUCUGGAUAUGUUGCUCCACCCUAUUAUCCUACUCCGCACGGAGGGUGGACCGCAGACUGGAGCGUGAGCUACCACAAAGCGUCUCUGCUAGUGUCUCAAAUGACUUUGGCUGAAAAGACUAAUGUUACUGCCGGAUCUGGGAUCUUCAUGGGCAGAUGCGUAGGAAACACGGGAAGUGCACUUCGACUCGGCAUCCCACAGCUCUGCCUUCAAGAUGGUCCAUUGGGCAUACGAAACGCUGACCACAAUACGGCUUUUCCACCAGGAAUUACAGUUGGAGCAACGUUUGACAAGGACCUUAUGCGAGCUCGAGGAGUUGCGCUAGGGGAGGAAUUUCGAGGCAAAGGUAUCAAUGUCCACUUAGGCCCAAGUGUUGGGCCAUUAGGAAGGAAACCCCGUGGCGGUAGAAACUGGGAAGGCUUUGGCGCCGACCCUGUACUACAAGCAUUUGGUGGAUCUCUCACUAUUGAGGGUGUCCAAAGCGUGGGUGUCAUUGCAACUGUCAAACAUCUAAUCGCAAAUGAGCAAGAGAUGUACAGCAGAAUGAAAAACAUAUUCCAGCCCGAAAUCAGCUCGAACGUUGAUGACAGGACACUUCACGAGCUUUAUCUGUGGCCUUUUGCAGAAAGCGUUCGCUCCGGAGUCGGCGCACUCAUGAUUUCCUACAACGCUGUGAACGGUUCGGCCUGUUCCCAAAACAGCUAUCUCAUGAACAAUCUCUUAAAAGAUGAGCUAGGCUUCCAAGGCUUCGUUAUGAGCGAUUGGCUAGCUCAAAUUUCAGGAGUUGCUUCGGCGUUAGCGGGCCUCGACAUGUCCAUGCCAGGCGACAUCAACGAAGUCCCCCUGAUUGGGAGUUCCUAUUGGAUGUACGAGCUCUCGCGAUCGGUUCUGAACGGAUCCGUCCCCGUGGACCGUUUGAACGAUAUGGCCACAAGAAUCUUAGCAAGCUGGUAUCAGUUCGGACAGGACAGGAACUACCCAACACCAAAUUUCGACACUAACACGCAAGACGCCAGUGGCCCUCUCUAUCCAGGAGCAUUAUUCUCACCUAGCGGAGUUGUGAACCAAUUUGUAGAUGUCCGAGCCACUCACGCGGAAAUCGCCCGUGCAGUUGCUCGGGAUGCAAUCACCCUGCUGAAGAAUACUAUUGCGACGCUACCCCUGGCUAAGAACACCACCUUGAAGGUGUUCGGUACUGACGCAGAGAAAAAUCCUGACGGAAUCAAUUCUUGUUCGGAUCAGGGAUGCAAUAAGGGCACGCUGGGUAUGGGCUGGGGCUCAGGCUCAGCGCGUUAUCCAUAUCUUGACUCGCCUAUAGAUGGACUCAAGGCACGUGGUGCAAAAUAUCAGUUCUUCAAUACGGACUCGUUCCCAUCGAACUCCAAUCCUAACCCUGGAGAUGUCGCACUCGUCUUCAUCAGCGCAGAUUCAGGUGAGAACUACAUUACCGUUGAUGGAAACCCCGGCGACCGAACCAACGCCGGUCUCAACGCGUGGCACAACGGCGACAAGCUGGUCCAGGACGUCGCCGCAAAAUACUCUAAUGUAAUCGUAGUAGUCCACACUGUCGGUCCAAUUCUCAUGGAAUCCUGGAUUGACCUACCUUCCGUAAAUGCCGUCCUCAACGCCCAUCUUCCGGGCCAAGAAGCUGGAGAAGCUCUGAUGCAAGUCUUAUUCGGAGAGGUCUCGCCUUCGGGGCACCUACCUUACACCAUCCCGAAAUCCGAGGCGGAUUAUCCUGAUACCGUUUCCCUUGUAGGUUUUGAGGUCGGACAACCCCAGGACACAUUCACGGAGGGUUUAUACAUCGACUAUCGGCAUUUCAACCAACAGAACAUUAAACCUCGAUUCGCAUUCGGCCACGGAUUGAGCUAUACCACAUUUUCCUUCUCAAACGCCAGCAUCACGGCUGUUACACCACUGACUUCCCUCCCACCAACUCGCCCUAUAAAAGGUCCUACACCAUCUUACAACACCUCCAUCCCUCCUGCCUCAGAAGCUUACUGGCCCGACAAUUUCAGCCGCAUUUGGCGUUACUUAUACUCUUGGCUUGACAAAAAUGACGCUGACGUCGCCGCCAAAAUUGGAAACUCGUCUACAUCCGCAAAAUACCCCUACCCAGACGGCUGCUCUACCGACCAAAAACCCGGACCCGUAGCCGGCGGCGCGCAAGGAGGAAACCCUGCUCUCUUCGACGUAGCAUACAAUCUCUCCAUCACCGUCACAAACGCAGGAAACAUAUCCGGGAAAGCCGUAUCACAGCUCUACGUGCAGUUUCCGGUAGGAAUCUCGUUCGAUACGCCGAUCAUCCAACUCCGAGAUUUCGCGAAGACGAUAACAUUGGCACCGGGACAGAGUCAGACACUGCAGAUGCGCGUUACGCGGAAGGAUUUGAGCGUUUGGGAUGUUGUGCAGCAAAAUUGGAUAAUACCGGAUGUCGGGGGUGACUAUGGAAUUUGGAUUGGAGAAGCGUCAGAUUCGUUGAGUGUGAGAUGUGGGACGAGUCCUUUGGGCUGUGUGAUGUGAGAGAGUAUAUGGGGAUAAUGGAAGUAAUUUCACUAGGCUGUGCUGCACGCGUCCAGUGUAACAGCGGAAAAGCGACGUAAUUCGUAGUUUUGUAGUUUCUAAUGAGCCUUUCCCACCUUGACCAA